AUGCUGCUUCUGCCAUUUGAAUUGUUCGCUGUUCUCCUCCCAGGUGCUGACAGCGAGGAUGCCUUCCAGGGAACCACUUCUUACCAUAUUAUCCAGAUCACAUCCUUUGUCAACAGCACCUGGGCAAAAAAUCAAGGUUCAGGCUGGUUGGAUGAUUUGCAGAUUCACAGCUGGGACAGUGACUCAGGCACUGCCAUAUUCCUGAAGCCCUGGUCCAAGGGCAACCUCAGUGAUGAGGAGGUUGCUGAACUGAAUAUACUAUUUGGAGACUACAUAUUUAGAUUCAUAGGACAAAUACAGGCACAUGCCAGUGCAUCCCAGAUGGAAUACCCCUUUGAGAUUCAGGGCAUAGCAGGUUGUGAGCUACGUUCUGGAGGUUCCAUAGUAAGCUUCUUGAGGGGAGCUUUAGGAGGACUAGAUUUCCUGAGUUUCGUCAAUGAUACAUGUGUGCCUUCCCCAGAGGGGGGCACCAGGGCCCAGCAGGCUUGCAUACUAAUCAUGAAAUUUCGUGGUCUCAUUGUUACUGGGAAAAAGCUCCUGUUCGAAACCUGCCCCCGAUUUCUCUUGAGCGUCCUGGAUGCAGGGAAGGCAGAGCUGCAAAGGCAAGUGAAGCCCGAGGCCUGGCUGUCCAGUGGCCCCAGUCCCGGGCCUGGCCGUCUGCUGCUGGUCUGCCACGUCUCAGGAUUCUACCCAAAGCCAGUGUGGGUGAUGUGGAUGCGGGGUGAGCAGGAGCAGCCGGGCACUCAGCACAGCGACCUCCAGCCCAAUGCUGACUGGACAUGGUAUCUCCGAGCAACCCUGGAUGUGGCCGCUGGGGAGGCUGCUGGUCUGUCCUGCCGGGUGAAGCACAGCAGUCUAGAGGGCCAGGACAUCGUCCUCCACUGGAGACAACCCAUCUCCUUUGCCUCGAUCUUUGUGGCAAUAUUAGUGCCCUCCUUCAUCCUUUUGCUGGGUCUUGCACUAUGGCGUAUGAGGCGCCGGUGA